CAGGCCUUGCUCUCUCAUUACCGAUGGCUCUGCCUCUUUCUUCUCUUGCAGGUUGCGUCUUGCGUCGGGUUGCAGCUCCAUGACACGACCAAUCCAGUCCACUCACCAACGCCAAUGCUAGUUCGGUCCCAGACUUUGCAGCUGUCCUCAUCCACGCCCGGUGCAGCGCACCACAUGUUGAUGUUCACGCCCCAUGCUCCAUGUUCUCUGUAUGCCCGGUCGGUCGGCCGGUCGGUCAAUUUGGCGAACUUGAUGCAAGAUGCAGCGACGUAUCUGUGUCUGUAUCCGUACCAAGAAGAAACGGCACCACAACACAGCACAGCACAGCACAGGGUGUCCGUACACUAUCCGUACGCAGUGCAGACACAACAGAGGCGUGGGCAGCAGGAAAGAGACCGGGCCAGAGACGGGGCAAGGCGCAAAAGACAUACUACGUAG